AUGAAGAAUUUAGUCCCUCUUCUCGUCAUGCUGGCAGGCUGUUCACUCCCUGCGAAAGCCUUCAGUUCCGAAACCGUCGGCGAAAGCUCUUACGAUGCAAUCAUCACAUGUGAAAGUAAUUCGAGUAUCUUCCCUACGCAUACGCCACUUCUCACUAGCAGUCCGUCGAAAUCAAUCAAUGUCUUACCUCGAGAUUACGGCCAUUCCCCCGUGGACAGACCCGACCCCGAAUCCGCCGAACCGUUGCGAGCCGCAAUCGAAUCCCUGAUACUGAAGCUGCUAAACGCGUUCUAUCCUCUCCUCAGCGCUACCGAGAUUUCCUCAAUACUGGCCGCUACUCACAAAAACGGUGGCUUGGAAAAGGGCGACGCGGUGCGGAUAUGUGGACGCGCGAUCUAUGCUGCCGCGGUGUCGCUAUCAGAUCUUGAGAUCAAAGAAGUAUGCAGCCACUUACCGGCUAUGAUACAUGUUGAUUACCUCCUUGGUAUUCGAGGCUGGUACAAGGCACAUUAUACGGUCGAUUGGAAACCGAUUAUCGACUUCAUCAAUGUGGAUCUGGCGAACUUGAUCACGACCGCCAUAGAUGACGGGCCAGACGCACGCAAUGUUACCGCAAACAGGUUGAAUCUGACAUAUCCGUCAAAUGUCUUCGAACACGGCUAUGCGAAACUUCUUGACACUGUAGUCAGGACUUUCUACGCACCAUUGACUUCAAGAGAGGUCCUCGUCGUUAUGCAUGCAGCGAUCACUGCCCAGACACACAUGACACGGGGGGAGUUGUUGAUCGAGUUUCACAGGAUCGUCUUCUCUGCAGCGGUUCUGUUGAAGGAUGAAGAAGUUCCGACGAUUUUGCCCCCGCCACUCAUCAACGCAGUCAAAGACCUGAAGACCCGGUUUGGCGGCUCGCCGCCAUGGGAACUUGUCCAAGAUUUCAUGGAGCGGACAGUCGCAGAGUACUUUCGAACAGGAAUGAACAGUCUGAAUGAAGGGCAAGAUUCUUCGUUGCAGGAUGUGAACAGAAUGCAGGAACGUACUAGUCGCGGCGAUGAUGAAGAGACUGGUGAAGGCCAUGAUGAGCAUGGAGAUAAAUCCAACGCUGUUCCCGAUGGAAAUCAGACAGCAGCAUCAAUGGAGGUCGCGAAUGAUCAACAUUUCGGUGCAAAAUCUGAGUUCGCUCAGUCCGUGAACCAGCCAACAGCGAAGCCGAUAAGGACUCUGAAGGAUGUUCUCCGAGAUUUUGCAGCCUGUGUCGCAGACGAUGCAUGCUUCCUAGAAGACGAAGAUCUCACCGUGGGCCUCCAAUCCAACGAGCAGAGGAGUUGGUUGAGAGAAGCACAAAGGGAGCUUGAGGAUAUUUUGCUGGAGUUGCUGGGUGACGCAUGA